UUAUUUAAUCUUUGCUGACCGGCAUUUUCCCACAACACCCUGCUUCUGCUUUCACAGAUGAUGAAAAUGGCGGAUAACUCAUCUUCGGUCGAGAUUGUUGAGGGCUGUCGCCUCCCCGUUCUUCGUAAAAACCAAGAACACGAGGACGAAUGGCCAUUGGCUGAAAUUCUAAGUGUGAAGGAAGUCUCCGCGAGAAAGCUUUACUAUGUUCACUAUAUUGACUUCAACAAGCGCCUGGAUGAGUGGGUCACAGGGGACAGGCUGGACAUGAAGAAGCUUCAGUUCCCUAAGAAAGAAGCUAAAACGCCAACCAAGAAUGGUCUUCCAGGCUCCCGUCCCAGUUCUCCAGAGAGAGAAGUGAGGAAGAGUCUAGAUCUCACCCUACCAGCUGCCACAGCUCCCUCAAGAGGCAAAACCCUCCCCACACCGCUAUCGGGUCAUGCUGAACUGCAUGGAAAUCCAGAUAUAAACAACCAUGACACAAAAAAGGAAGAUGAUGAUCCAGUCGUGCAGAUCACAUCUGGAAGUGGUUUAACACACAGUGUAUCCAAAUGUUUGACAGGUGUAUGCACUGGACUUGUCAAGCCACGUUUCAGCUUCAAAUCUGUCAAGAAGAGGAAAGUAGAGACUGUCCCCUUGGCGACUCAGGUAUCCCCAGCCACUCCUGUGCCCUCCCUGCCAAGUUCAGCUGAAGCCUCUCAGGCAUCUGUUUUUCCUGCUGUGAGGGAGACCAACACCUUUAAGUCCCGCGAAGACCAUGACCAGCUCUCCUCACUCACAACGAACGGCACUGCCCGACGACUCAUCCCCUCGCAGCCCGGGAGGAAGAGAAAAGCUAAUUGUGGGGGAGCUGACGAGAUGAUAAAGGUUUUGCAGUAUAACAACCCUCAAAGUGCCAGUGUCUUUCUACCACCACCAGAGGAUUCCCAAGACAGUUCGGAUGGCAUCCCAUCUGCACCCCGCAUGACGGGCAGUCUGGUGUCCGACCGCAGCCAUGACGACAUCGUCACGCGGAUGAAAAACAUAGAGUGUAUAGAGCUAGGGCGUCACAGACUGAAGCCCUGGUACUUCUCACCGUACCCGCAGGAACUCACCACAUUGCCCAUCCUCUACCUCUGUGAAUUCUGUCUCAAGUACCUCAAAAGCCUGAAGUGUCUCCAGAGGCAUUUGACAAAAUGUAAUCUAAGACAUCCUCCAGGCAAUGAGAUCUACCGCAAAGGCACCAUCUCAUUCUUUGAGAUUGACGGCAGGAAAAACAAAACUUAUUCCCAGAACCUGUGUUUACUUGCUAAGUGUUUCCUGGACCACAAAACCUUGUAUUACGACACAGACCCUUUCCUCUUCUAUGUAAUGACGGAGUAUGACUCCAAAGGCUUCCACAUAGUUGGCUACUUCUCUAAGGAAAAAGAGUCGACUGAAGAUUAUAACGUUGCCUGCAUCCUGACCUUGCCUCCCUACCAGCGGAGAGGCUAUGGCAAACUGCUCAUUGAGUUCAGUUAUGAGCUGUCCAAGGUGGAAGGGAAGACAGGCACUCCUGAGAAGCCACUUUCUGACCUUGGUCUUUUGUCUUAUCGCUCCUACUGGUCCCAGACCAUCUUGGAAAUUCUCAUGGACCUUAAACCUGACAAUGGAGAAAGGCCGCAGAUUACCAUCAAUGAGAUCAGUGAGAUCACAAGUGUAAAGAAAGAAGACGUCAUUUCAACGCUUCAGUACCUUAACCUCAUCAACUAUUACAAGGGUCAGUACAUCCUGACUCUUUCAGAGGACAUUGUGGAUGGGCAUGAAAGAGCGAUGCAGAAGAGACACUUGCGCAUUGAUCCAAAAUGCCUUCACUUCACACCUAAGGACUGGAGCAAGAGGGGCAAGUGGUAGGGUCCUGGCCUGGUUCGUUGAAUACCCUCCCAAACCGCCAGAUUUGGGAGGGUAGACUUGAAGCAAAUUUGGAGGGGGACUUGAAGCAAAUGGUGGAUCAUAUAAAGGUUUUUGUCAAGCUGUCUCAUCGAGAACGUCAAAACCUUUUUGAACCCAGGACUCCUCUUCAGAUAAGAAACAAGGAACAUAAAUUGUCACCUGAGAUGCAUAAACUUUUAUUGUGAAUAUUCAUUAUAUAUUGUGCAUUUAAAAAGCUCUCAAACUUGGGGACAAAAGAGAGACUGGUUAACAGUGACUCCGCCAAAACAUGCAACACACCUUCUACUGUGUAAAAGAUCCUGUUUAUGACCAAUGGUGCGUUAAAAGUGGCAUAUGGUAUCUGUUUAAUAGUGUAAAUUAAAGCCUAAGAUGGCAAACAUACAGAUCACCUAAUAAAAACAAGAUGGUGGUUUUAUAGAUAAUAAUUUGAGUUCUACAGUGAAUUGCCUCAUCGUUUGAUGAGUCCACAUUCUGUAAAAACCACAGAGGGGAUAAGGAAGGGGUUUUGUUAGUUGUUUGUUUUUUUUGCUUUGGCCAACACAAACAUAAGUGUGCUUUUGUCUACAUCCUUUGUACCUGCCACACAAAGAGUUAAAAUGUUGUCAUCAAAAUUAUUUAUGUAUCACUUUAGUUUUUCAAACAACUCAUAUAAAAGUUGAUGGAAAAUAUACUUUUAGUGCUCAUUAAGCAAUGGGACAGCUAAUGUCUGAACAGCACUCCAAAUUUUAGUCAUCAGUGGCUACUUUGAAUAAUAAUUUUUGUACAAAAUAUGCAGGCUUCAAACCAUCUCUUCACAUGCCUCUUCCUGGAUACACACGUUUAAUUGUUUAAUACCCACUGAUAAACAGACUGUUUACAUUUAUGAGAUAUGUAUUGUGUGUAAACAGGGAAAAGGUACAAGGAAUCCAAUUUUCACAUCUGUUUUGGGAGUAAGAUACCUUCCCAUUCAAAUUCUCAUUUAAACACGCAGAUAGUCAUUUUCAGUUUAUUGUGAUUCUCCUCGAGUGCCUGAAUUUUAAUGUCUUUCAAUUAACAGGGAGAACAGAAAUGUGCUAAAAGUUCCCUGUAAGAGGCUUCAGGUUGUUUUUAGUGUCAACUAAUUAAUCAAAUAGGCUCACUUGUAAAAAAAUACGUGUAUUCAGUUUGGAUGCAGCCAAAAAAUUCAAAAGUAGACAUCAAUACAGUUAUAAUGUUGCUUAGGAGUCAACAUGGUCAAUUCAGGUUUGUUAUCUUUUACAGUAGUAGCUCUGCUUUUCAUUUCCCUAUAUUUUUAAUAGUUGUUCUUUGUGAUCAUUCAGUUGAAUAUUUCUUCCUUUUUUUCACAUAAUCCCCUUUCAUGAUCAUCUGUACAGUGUGCAAUGAGACAAAUCAAUUCCCCAAGUUAAACAUAUGUUCCCUAUAACUGUACAUACUGAAUCUGAUUGUUUAAAAAAAAUGCUUAGAAGACAAGCCAUGUUGAACUGUUAGAAGAAUGUAAAUUUUGUGUACAGUUGUCUUCAGUUUUUUUUUUCUUUUUUUUUUACUUAAUGUAAACUAACUGGCUGCACAAUAUCGACAGGAAAAGGCAUCAGAGUGAUAUCUUACUUUCAGUUUGUGUUUUAUGUUUACAUGUCAGGAUAUUGAAUUGACCCUGUUGAAAUGAUUUAGUAUAAGUGAAACACAGUUGAGAGUAUGUUUUGAACGUUUGAUAUGAGAAGCUUGUUGAAUUGAUAAAAAAAAAACAUCUUAAAAACCCUAAAA